ACCUCAGCCAUCUCAUCUGAACUGAGCAAGUAUUCGCUUCUGUGAUGUUCUCUGGAUGCGGGAAGCUACAUCCUAAAAGAAAAUAUAUAACAUCACAAAAUGGGCUCGAUAUCCCCACAAUGCCGUGACCUUGAGCUGCCUCACUACAUGAACUUCAACUUCAUCUUAUCACUUCUCAUCCUCGUCGGAAUCCUGCUAUCAUAUCUGCCCCAACACAUUCGUAUCAUUCGGUUACGAAGCUCAUUCGGCUUAUCGCCCUACUUUGUCCUCCUUGGCACAACGUCGGGAACUGCUGCGUUCGCGAAUAUAUUAGUUCUUCCCCGGAGCGCGCAUGAUGCAGCCUGUUGUCGAGAAAUAUCGGGCGUGUCGUGUUUUGCGGGGUUGUUGGGUAUAUUUCAGGUGGGAGUACAGUGUUUAUCGUUCUAUGUUAUUCUUUUUCUGUUUCUGAUAUACUUUCCUCGUGCGACUUCCCUGGUCGACCCUACGACAUCUGCCGAAUCAGAGAACGAACGCAACGGCAAUGGUAACGCUGAUAUUGAAGACACCGACGAUAAACAACCGAGCUAUGCCACCGCUGUCGUCGUAGCACUCAUUUGUCUCGUUCACGCAGCAAUUGUGCUUAUUAUAUCACUUGUCGUUGCCCUGAAAUAUCCCGACCAUCUACAAGCCUGGGCCAAUAUCCUGGGUAUCAUGUCCGCCGUUCUCGCAUCCAUCCAAUACUUCCCACAAAUCUGGACCACAUUCCGACUACAAAAAGUCGGUAGUUUGAGUAUCCCCAUGAUGUGCAUUCAAACACCGGGUAGUCUGGUCUGGGCCGCAAGUCUGGCCCAAAGAUUGGGUGCUGAAGGCUGGAGUGCGUGGGGGGUAUACGUUAUUACUGCCCUGUUGCAAGGGACACUUCUUGUCAUGGGAGUUUACUUUGAGUACCUGGGACCAAAGAAAGAUCUCAUUGAACAUCCCUUUAUGGCUGACGAGACGCAGCCUGCAGCCGAGGAAGUGCAAGAUCAGCAAGCUACAGAGCAUACGCCUCUGUUAUCAGAGCAGCGUUAAUGCGAGGAUGCUUGAAUAUUCAUAUAGCUUUAUAGGGAGAUACAGCCAGACAAUAUAUCAAACAUAGUUCAUAGCAAACGAGAUCUGUUAUUCAUCAAACGCAAAUUUCAAUAUAUCACUGCCCCCUCGCACCACCCUGCUCCUCCGUCAAACUCCCCUCAUUCCCCUUCCAAAACCCUUUACUCACUUUCCCUUCAUCCGCAAUCUGAUUAUAAGGCCUAUCAUACCUCUGACUCAACUCCCGAUUGUGCUGUCUCACGUCUUCUGGUACAUCAUCUUUAGUAUUACCCUGCUCAUCGACAUUAGGCGAUUCCCGUCCUGAGCUUAGGGUUGGUCGAGCUUUGUUGGAGGGCUGCUUCUUGUGGUAUAGAUCAUCUUCUUGGGUUUGUUGUGACUGGGGUUUGGUGCCGGUACUGGCGGAUCCUUUGCUUGUGUCUGGGGGUGGAGGGCCUG